AUGAUAAGGAAGCUACCUAAAAGUUGGGUACGUUUCGGUCUUAAAGUAGGAAUCGCCGGAGCUGUCCUAGAAUUAACAGCAUUAGGAGGAACUUAUUUAUUCUGGAAAAAACUCAAUACUGAUCAAGCAUUUAGAUAUCGUAUCGGUUCAAAUUACCCAGCUGUGCUAGAAGGAUAUUAUAAGAUUGGUGAUUACUGGGAUCCAGAGAAGUCACUAGAAUCAAGAAAAUUUGAUCAAGAAUUCUUCGCAAAAGCAGUCAAAGACAAUACUUCUUUUACCACAAUCGGAUAUGUAUUGAUGAAAUUAACCGAACCUACUCCAGAAAAAUUAAGAGAAAUUCACGGUACAAAAUAUAAAGAUCCAGAAGUUCGCAAAAGAAACGAAUUGAUAUUGAAAAAGUUAAAGGAAUCAGCUGAACGAAAAGAUCCAGUCUACUUGCAACAAUCUACAGAUUCAACUAAUCAAUCAAAUCCACAACAACCAACAAAACGUGAAAUAAUCUAA